GUCAGCUUCCGAAUGGAAAUAAUGCCAAAGGGCAAUUACAAAUCUGCUGAUUUCACAAGUUAAUUUUAAACAUGAUUUUUAUCCGCAAAAAUAUUUUAGCAUUCAUAAUUUCUAAAACUUCUUAUCUACAAAUGACAAUAAAAAUGGCUAAAAAAAACCUUCCAGACUGCUAACUCUAACAAGUCGGAAGCUAACUUCAAUAUACAUUCAGCAUAUAGUUAUUGCUUUAUUUUCAGCUGCUCUGCCACGAAAGUAACCGGCUCCAACUUGAAGAGAGCGAACACGACAGGAAUCCUCACAUAAUGGAGAAGUUGUCAUCGGAUGAUUCGAAUCGAAAUGUCCACGGCCUCUCACACGGUGGCAAGAUAAUCCUAUUCGCCUGCAAACGUGAUCCAGCCGUGAAUGUAAGCGAAAGAGGCGGCCUGACGUUCCGCAGUUUCUACUUUGAACGUGAAGGCAACGCGUUCCUGAAUGCAACAGAGGGAGCAACUGCAAUCAGUAGGAAACUGUCAGCUCAUGUGGACAUUGUGACAUGUAAAUGCGCAGUAGAUGUUCAGAAAAGGGUUAAAACUGCGUUCGUUUUGGUGACAAAGAAGAGUGAGAAGGGAGGCAGCUUUAAGUACAGCCUACUGGCACUGAGAAGCUCACACCUGCUGGAGCCCUGCAUUGAGUUCAAGCUCCCCUACCAAAUGAAGGGUAAGGUGUGCAUCCUUCAGGGUCCCACAGUACUGUGGAGCCAUGACAACAGUGUGUCUUAUACAUCCCCUCUGGCAGAAGGCGUGCGAAAAAUCCCCAUUCAAAUGUCAAAAUGUCUUUUUGGAGAACUUCCCAUCCAGAAAGGGCAGCUUUUUGCUCUUGGACUUUCAGAACCACUUCUAGCUAAUCAUUCCCCUACACUUGGCUAUUUGUUUGAGGGUGGACACGCGUUUGAUGGCUCUCUGAUUUUACCACAUCCCUACAUUUCCAUCACACAGUGCAUGCGGGUUCUCACUGCUGACAGAGUAGAUGACGUGCUGAGAUGUGCUGUUAUUGCUGCAACUUCAAGUAAGCAGCUUGUGCUUUUUGAAAACGGGACUGUAAAAGACACAUGCGAGGUUCCCUUUGGGCAGGUUGAAGACAUUCAGAUGGUUCACACAGGAAGAAACGGAUGUCUGUUUGUUGUAUCCUUUAAACAGGGCCAUGUUUGUGCUGUAUGGAAGGAAACAUUUCAGAUAGCCUCCUGUUGGUCAGAUGUCGACUCCGCACAUGUGGAUGAUUUCCUUGGAUGUGGAACAGAACAGAUUCUGUUGAUCUUUAGAAAUAAAGGAAUAUCCAGCGGGCCACUGGAAAAAUUUCUCAUCACUGACCUUUGUGGUAUUUCUUACUCUUGUGGUCAAGGCUCUGAAGUACCGAAGGCAAGUCCACCUCCUCAGGAAAACUCACUUCUCACUCUUCGGGCUUUGGAAUCCAGAUUACAGAGUGGAUUGAUUGUCCUUCAAGAGCUUGAAAGAGAAGUGAGAGUGAAGGACAGAGUUCUACAGCAAUCAAUCCAAGUCCUCACUGAUGUGCUUUCAGGAAGGGAGACUGUUCUCAGCCAGCCUGAGCAGGAAGGCCUUGUUGCCCUGUGGGACAGUGAUGAAGACUCCAAUGAUGAGACUCUGGAUGACAAGUCGCAUGAAUCGCCAGCGCUGUCUUCCAAACCUAAAAUUGACAAGCUGUGGCAUCGCAUCACUGAGGAGCAGCUGGUUGUUGGACUGAUACUAACCGCUGACAGUGGCAUACCAGCGAGCGGUGUGAGCUUAUCCCUCCUGACAGAGCCAGGCCAGAACUCGACGCCUGCAGUAAUCCAGACCCGGAGCCAAGUGUUCUGGCUGCCUGCGUGCGGCCCCUCGACACCAACACUCUCCUCCCCAUCGUCUGGCUUUACGUUCUCUGAGCCCGCAGCCAAAAGAAGUAGGCAGCACAUCGCCAGCGACGAUUUCAGUGGAUGCAGACUGGCUGUGACUGCAGUGACCAAGCUGGCACCUCUUCUGACCUCUGGCUGUGUCAAGUGCCGUGCCAUGCUUCAUUACGUGGAGAAAGCGGAGGCUGUUUUCCCUGGGAGCAGCCCAACAACAGCUGUACUCCAUUGUGGGGAAGUUUCAUUAGACAUUCAUGAUCUUUGCCAGAAGCCGCUUCUGCAAAACCCUCAAAUAAAAACAGAUGAGGUUAGAGAAGACCUUCUGAGUCUGUUGACAGUUCUGGAUAAUUGGGUUUUGCGCAUAGACUCUCCAGAUUAUAGCCUAGGUGACAUAGAUGGCUGGAUCAAGAGGAGAGAGGGUUUUAAAAAGAUAAACGUGAGUCCUGAAUAUCUACUUUUAGAUUCUCCAGGAUCUUCAGCUCCAAUGCUGCUGCGCUGGCAUCAGAUAAACCCUUUCCAAGGGGAUUUAUCCAUCCACAGCAGCCAAUUACAAAUGCUCCAGUUCUUGGACUCCAUGCUGUCGUACCUCCCUGAUUCCUGCUUCCUCCAACCUGUCAAGCGCGCAAGAAGUCAGAGCACGGCUCAAAAAUUAGCUUCUGCUCUAGAGAAAGAGGUGCUGUCACUCAGAGAGGGCUUAUCCUCACUUCUGUGUGUCAAAGAUGAAGAAGAGAGAAACAAGGGGCACACUGGACAUUGUGAAAUCCCUGACUCUGGUUCUGCUGAGGAUCUCAUUAGGUGUUGUAGGGAGGUGUGGCAGCAGAACGUGGAGAAGAGCCGGUUGAGGCUGAACCCCGUUGUGGAUGCCGGGAGGUAUCGUGAGAUGAUCCAAAGUAUUUCACAAGUCAAGAUGGAAUCAGAUUUGGCCGCUCUGCGUCAGCUGUAUCAAUCAUAGAGAUGUCAUAGAGACGGUUUCCUGUUGUUGCCCUUUUGUCCACUUCAAAACCCCAAUUCUAAUAAACACAGAUAUAGCAGAUUUUUUUGUGCUUGGACUGGUCAUUAAAAAAGGAGAUGAUGCUUCAGAGCUACUGUGAAUCUUCGCUGAUAUCUUGACUACUUGACUUAUGUGAUAAGCUCCAAGUCUUUAAGGUUGGAAAGCCUCCAUGCCAUCACCCUAAUCUUCUGCUCUCUCCUCUGAUUCUUAAGUUGGGACCCUGGCUGAACCACUCCAGAAUGUUAAUGUCAAUCCAGUCGGGGAAAAAAACAAACGUGUUGGUAAAAAGGAAACAUUAAUUUAAACUUAAAUGUGCAACGAAUGUAAAUUAUUUUAGGCUGAACUAAAGGCCUAUACGUUAUCUCAGAUAUACAGUAUAUUUUCACUCUACUUCUCUAAUUAUUUUCUACGUGGUUCCUCUCAUUCAUUUCCUGUUUGGAUUCCCUUCCUCUCUUGACUCAACUCCUCUUAUGAGUCAAUUGGAGAUGAACUGUUGUGCCUUUAAAUUAAGUCAGUUUUGCAACAAGGAGAAUUCCCCUUUUCCUCCUUUCAUAAAGCAUAUGUUUCACACACAUUAAGGCAACCAGAUCCACCAAAAUAGACAUGUAAAUAAAAAAAGAACACUAAAUUGUGAAAUUAGUUUACUCAGGCUCUUUAGGUUGUCAUCUGUCAUUCUCUUUGGCCGAGUGUUCAGUCCACGUCUGUUGGAUCACCUCGUGGGACUCAGCCCUAAUCGGAUACUGUCGUGAUUCCGUUCCCUUCUUAUUCGUUGCACAUCCCUUUAGACCCUCCGUGCUAAAAAGGCUUCUUUAAUAUCUGUAGCUGCUGCCUCUGCUGUGUGCUAUUCUGCAGGGAAUAAAGACUAAAGUUAGGGACAGCAGGUCAUGGCAGGGAAAAUCUUUAUACAUUUUCUGGCUGGUCGUAUUUGCCCAAAAGCUUUCAGUGGUACUUUACCCCCAUGGUCAAAGUAUUUCACUCUUCACUGAUUUAAUAAAAAAACUGUUUUUCUUUUGAUGUCGUGCAGACCAUCCUCACCGCAGUGAUAUUCAACUCAAUACACGAAUUAGAUACAUAAGGUCAGUGUCAGCUUGACCAGUUUGGCUUUAAAGGACAAACAUUUUCAUGUCUUUUUUUCUUUUUUUUGCAGUUUGUGU